CGUACAUUCUUUAACGUUAUUCAUUUAAAGUAUAAAAAAGUCUUACAGUCGUAUUUCCAGUUGUUGUUUCUCCUGUGGUUCCCGUUGUCCUCGAAGUGAGUGUCCGCCGCACCGAAAUGAUAAUGUGUGAACAUUGUGUGGAUAUAUGUACGGCAAAAUGUCCAGAUUUCCACGUCUAAAAUCGCACAUUAUGAAGAAAAAUAAACAAACUUCGGGGACAGCUAAGAAAAAAGUGAUCAAAAUUGAAGACAAAGAACCAGAAACUACUGAGAAAGCCCCAGUGAAAGUUGAUUCUUUGGAUGAUGAAGAGCAAGGAUUUGGUGGAUGGCUCAGAUCAUCAGACGGCUUGGAGACUAUGAAACUGUUUGUGAUAGCAAAUAGUAUUGUGAUGCUUACUACCAUCGUCUACCCACACGCUCAAGCAAUCUUUGAGAUCGUUUCGGAUAUGAUUUAUGGCACCGACGUUUUGUACGACGAUUGAAUUGAUUACGUAAACCCUAUUUACAAGGAAUCCUCGAGAGAUCUGACUGUGAAUCUAUAGCAUCGGAACAAAUUCUUAGACGUUUUGUGUUUCCAUAUUUAUGUGGUGAUCCUACCUGAAUUUGGUGGAUGUUCGAAUAUUUACAGCCCUCAUAUUGUAAAACCUCUCCUUUAAAGAGAAGUUUUGGGAAGACUAUAAUACUAUUAUGUUUGUAAGAUUUCGUUUAGACUAGAGUAUGUGGUGCACAAUGCACUUAACACUAUAACAGCGAGCGUACCCCAGUGUCUUAAACAUUUAGCUACUUUUAAAACAGCAAAAACUUUUGUCUAAUAACUUGAAUUUCUUUGUGCGCUCGCUACUUUCUUUUCUCCUGCUUUUAAACUUAAGUGGGCGAUAACUUCUCAGUUUAAAACGUUUAGGUAAGACUUUAAAAUUAUAUUUUGAGAACAUUUCUGUUCUAGUAGAUUUAUGAUACAGCCAUACGAACCAACUCUGAUUCAAAUCUCGUUUUGUAUAUUUAUACUAAGUGAUACAAGAAUAAUUAUUCAUAUUAUAUUUAGUUAAUAGGUCCUCUAUUAAUAUUUUUCUAUAGUUAAGGCUUUUAAACAUAAAAUAAUUUGAUAGUAUACAGUCUCAAUGUCAAGAUCUAAUUUAUAACUUUAAUAGCUUUUUAGACGCCUGUAAUUAGCAACUACUUAAACUAAUUAUACCUAGUACUUAAAGUGUAUGAACCUGACUUGUUAAUGAUCUUAAAAUAUUUACGUCAAAAU